CAUUAUUCACAGGUAAAUCACAGAACAUUAUCUGUGGUGUUGAUUAUGUCUGUUCAUUGCUAAUCUUGGUGAUGACAGGUGGGAGUAAAAGUGAUCCGGUCAAAGUACCAUUAAAAUAAAUCAUUGAAUUUGUGCAAAUUCGCACCCGAAAAAGUGCGCCAAGUCGUAUGUUUAAUGUAAGAAGUAAACACACUAAACCUUAUAGAUUUUAUGGAUAAGAGUUAUAUAAGGAAUGCAAUAAGAACCAGAAUGGGAAUAAAUGCAGUACAAAAAACCUAUGAAGACGGUGUGCAGAAUGAUUGGCUGAUACUAAAGAUACUUUAUCUAUGCCAGCCAGGUUUAUAGUAAAUCUAUCAGUAUGCAACAUCCUUCAGACUGUUGCCUUAAUGCCUUUUGUGUUAACAUCGCUUAUUUCGCAAGAGUGGUUGCUUGGUACUUUUUUGUGCCAAGCCUCGGGUUUUGGGAUGAACCUGAUAUUUACUGCAAGUAUAUUUACAUUGGUGCUUAUUGCCUUAGAUCGGUAUUUGGCUGUUGCAAAGCCAUUACAUUACUCGAUGACAAUGACAAGCAGAAGGGCGUCCUAUAUGACAGCUUCAGUUUGGAUUUCGGCCAUUUUGUGUUCACUGCCACCACUUUUAGGAUGGAACAGCUAUGAAUUCCAGCGAUACAAAAUUGCAUGUAUGACGGUUUCAUAUAGCAAACAUCAUAGUGAUCGAUCUUAUAGCCUUUUUCUGGUAACAGUGUGCUUUAUUAUGCCUUCAUGCAUAAUCAUUUGGGCAUAUUGUGCUAUUUUUAAUGCAGCGAAAGUUAGCAGCAAAAAGGUGCGGCGAAAUAGUACAAUAUCAUCUGGACUUAAUGAUUACCCCGAGUUAUCACUAAGAGGGGGUCGUCGCAACAGCUCUGUGCAAAUUUUGAUUCACAUACUAAGUUACAGCAGCAACCCCGCAUCAGUACUCUGGAGACGCGAUGAGCGAAAAGCAGCGGUGACUAGUUUUAUGGUGUUAUUCACAUUUAUUUUAUGUUGGUUGUUGUACUUUAUCAUCAUUAUUCUCGAAUGCCUUUUGAAAGAUCCAGAUCGUAUUGACCCCGUCGUAAAGACGCUGUCAGUGUUACUUGCCCUGUCAAGUUGCGCAAUAAAUCCACUAGUUUAUGUGUUCCGCUGUAAACUUCGGAGAGUCGAACUAAAAAGCAUCUUGGGUUUAAAGCAAAACAGUUUCAAUAGGGAAAUGUGCAAUGUAAACCUAAAUGGGUCAAGAAGACCAAGUUUUAACCCGAACUGCAUCCGACAAUCUCCUUCCAUAUCACGGGAAGGUAGUCAAGAAUCAGACGUCAUUGAAAUUCUUCACCACGUCAAUACAGCCGCGACAUUAACCUCAUUGAUAAUUGCUGAAGAAGAAGAAAAAAUGCCAAUGACAAAAGCAUAAAUGGAUAUUUAUAUAAAGGUUGUAUCAUUACAAGGUCGCCUUGCCUAUAUGUUUUGUUUCUGUUAGUUUUUUAUUUAAAUGUUACUUACAUAAAAUGGUAUAUUUGUUACAUUUAUUUCUUAUUUUGAUAUUUGGUUUGUACUUUAGCUUCUUUGCCUUGAAUUCUAUAAAUAUAGAUUCACUUUAUUAUGAUAUUAAAUUUAUUAUCAGCAGUUAUUAAACAUCAAUGUUGAGAAUUGUAAUGAAAAACAAAAACUGUGAUAAAAACAAUAGCUGCCCCUUGUUAGAUUGUUCUUUCAGUUUACUUAUCUCUUUAUUACAUGCUCCUAUAAGUAUAGUAUCUUUAAACUACGAUCUAUUUACUUGGAACAUGUAAUGACUAGCCUGGUCAAUAUAUUCAUUUUUUUAAAUCGGAAAAGAACUUGUGAUGUUAUUGUAAACUUGUUAGUUUUCCUGAAAAAAGGAAAAUAUUUUGAAUCAACAACUAUUUACAUUAAAUGGAGCAAUGCAUUCAUAGAAAUAAAAUAAAUGUGUGUAUUUCUCCUGAAUCAUGUUUAACUUUUACUUGACAAUGCAUUCGUUUGUAAACAUUUGAUCAUAUUUUCUGCCAAUCAAUUGCCUUCGUGUGUUCACCGAACAAGCUUUAUCACUUGUUUAUAUUUAUCUAUCUAGUUUCAUGUCAUGUUAUUUCAUUUAUGUGUUUGCAUAUGAUCAAAUAAAUACAAGUUAGGGUUUCAAAGAUUAUCAUUUUAUAUGAAAUAAAUAAUUCGUUAAUCGUACUUUCAAAGAAUCUGUU